AAUUUUUUUAAAAUGAUGGGCGAAGAAAUUCAUCAAUCAUCUUUCGAAGUAAAAGAACCGGAAAGUGAAAAAAUGAAAUGUUUCAAAAAAAUCGAAUACGAUGUACCCGAUGUUGGUAAGGUAGUCGAAGAGCUAAAUGUUGAGCUGACAAAAAUCAUUAAAGAUAAACCAAAAGAAGAGACAGUCGCUUUACAUAAAGUAUUUAUCAAUGGUGAUUUGGUACGAGAAGUUGAUUUUAUCAACAAUAAAGUUCUUAAAUCAGAAUCUCGUUUUGAACCAUGGAGUUUUCUACACAUUGAUCAAUCAACAUUUCAACAAAUGCGUGAUAAUGCCAUAGCCUUUCAAUCGUGAAAAAAAGUUCGAAAUCUUAUUUGACAUUAUUGAAUACGGUUGAGUGCAAAUAGAGCGAUUUUCGUGAUCACAUGACUGUUAUUUUUUCAUUAUUU